AGGGCGGCCCCUGGGCGCGCGCGGAAGCGUUAGACUGCGGCGGGUGGUAGUUCCUGUGUUUUGUUAUCCCUUCUCCUCACCGCUCCUCUACCUCAUACAGCAUGUCGGGCCGCGGCAAGACCGGCGGCAAGGCCCGCGCCAAGGCCAAGUCGCGGUCUUCGCGAGCGGGCCUCCAGUUCCCCGUGGGCCGCGUGCACCGGCUGCUGCGGAAGGGCCACUACGCCGAGAGGGUGGGCGCCGGGGCGCCGGUCUACCUGGCGGCGGUACUCGAGUACCUCACCGCUGAGAUCCUGGAGCUGGCGGGCAACGCGGCCCGCGACAACAAGAAGACGCGGAUAAUCCCCCGCCACCUGCAGCUGGCCAUCCGCAACGACGAGGAGCUCAACAAGCUGCUGGGCGGCGUGACGAUCGCCCAGGGAGGCGUCCUGCCCAACAUCCAGGCCGUGCUGCUGCCCAAGAAGACCAGCGCCACCGUGGGGCCGAAGGCGCCCGCGGGCGGCAAGAAGGCCACCCAGGCCUCUCAGGAGUACUGAGGGCGCCCGUGCCGCCACCGCCCGGCCCUCCCCUCUACACCACAAAGGCCCUUUUAAGGGCCACCACAGCGCUCACGGAAAGAGCUGGGCCACUUCAGGCUCCGGGCCGGGCGGCCGCGCGCUCGCCCCUUCCCGGUCCGCCCCUCCCCCCGCGGCUCGCUCCCGCCGAGGCUCGGCGGAGGGCGUGCGUUCGAACGCCGCCCGGCCCUGCGAGCGAGCUCGUGACUCGACCGGCUUGGCCCCAGAAUGCCGAUGGGCUGCGGGGAGGCCGCGGCACCUUCCGGAAGGCUGGGCCGGCAGAGCUGACGCAGGGCCGGGGAGUGCGGGAGGAAGGUGAGUCUGUGCGGACGGUCGCCGGCGAGGCCGUGCGCUCUGCUACAGCUCGGUGCUUCGGACUGGACUUGAUUGCCGCCGCCGGCGGAGUCAAUCGGUCGCUUCAUUUCGUCCCGGGACCCCUUUUGCUGCCGGAUCCCGGGCCUCGCACGUCCGCGCUCCCUCCAUCUUCAUUCGCAGGCCUGUGCGCGUCCCGGAAGAAACCCUUCGCGGCGUGAGCGUCUCCAACGGUAGCCGGGCUUGGCGGCGUGGGGUCUGCGGGAGCCCUGCCCCCGGGCCCGCCCCUCCUCCCCGCUCCCUUCCCGGUGGGGUCCACUCCGCCAGCCAAGCACCUAGAUACCAGCACAAGUCCGUUAAUCCCCGUCUGGACUGAGCCGCCUUUGGCUUCGGAACUGGAAUUUUGCAGCUAACCCAUUCAAAACUAGUACUUUAGGUAUUGGGGGGAGUUUCAGAUGGACUAAUUUUAUUAAAGGGUUGUUUUUUUCCUAAAGAAAA